AUAUAUAAAAUAUAUAUGCGAAGCCUCCGUCAGUUCAUUGAUGGCGAGCGCGGUGCGCACGCGCAACCACCACGCUGCCACUCCACAACCACUCGCCGAAGCGCGCGCAACAUGGCGGCCCAACAGUGUCUGCCUGUUUUAUGCGUUAUCCUUGUCGUAGCGUUUGCCGAGCCGACUCCAGGAAGGAUUCCGAAGGUGUAUAAUGCCCUUAUCACCUCAAACCAAAACUUGGAACCUAGCAAGGCCUUCCCUUUGUACCAGCCCGUUUUACACAACACUUUCCCGUUUCCUCUCCAAACGGUCGUCUAUGGGGACUUGCCUUUAGCAAACGGUUUACUUCCAGUUCCCGCAUUACUCCCUAAAGAUACCAAUAUUAAACCUGAACAAACACCGACAUCUACUCCUGAAGCUCCAGUAGUCGCAGAUGCGUCAGAGCAACCUACUCAGGCACCUGAAACGAGCAGUCCUGUCCCAGAAGACGAUAAAGCGACACAGGCGCCACCCUUAGGCCCAAAAACCGAAUCACCAAUACCCCUUAACGAGUUCGGGUUGCCGUCACAAGUUCUUCCUCUUGGACGUAUUAACCCAGCGUAUCAGUUUACCCAACUACCUACUUUUCCAUAUGCAUACCCUGGUUUAAGAUUUUAUGAUCCUUACGAUCCUUUUGGAUUCCAUACUUAUGCCAACUGGCCUUUGUAUCAACCAUUGACAAAUUUUGUAGGACAGUCACUUCCUCUUCCCGCAUUCAAGGCUGAAUCUCCUGUGGUUUCAUCUUCAACUGGUGACAAAUCUUCAUCAACUCCUCCGCCCGAACCAAGUGAUCUUAAUGUUCUCAACUAUUCCAACAAAGAUCCUUCUAUACCUAAUGUUCCACCACCGCCUUUACCACAGGGUGGUCAGAAAGCCGAUACCGAAUAAAAUU